AUGCUCGAAGACGAAGAUUCGGAUCGUAUCGAGAAGAUAUGCCCGGUGUGCCAGGUGGAGGCCACCAAACGGUGCUCGCGGUGUGCCCUGGUGUACUACUGUAGCGUCGAGCAUCAGCAGCAACACUGGAAGAAGCACAAGGCGACCUGCAAUCCCUUCAAAGUUUUCUCCAACGAGCAGUUCGGUCGGUUUCUGGUGGCCACCCGCGAGAUUAAGGCGGGCGAGGUAGUGAUCAAGGAACCGCCGCUAGUGCACGGACCAGCCCAGAUCACGGGCCCGGUUUGUGUUGGUUGCUUGCAGGGUUUGGAGGAAAAUAAAUAUCUCGAGUGUGAGCAGUGCGGUUGGCCGGUUUGUAAACGCUCCUGCCAGGACAAUCCGGCACACCGGGCCGAGUGUAAGCUAACGAUUGGACGCGGCAGCAAGAUUGCAAUCCAGCACUUCUACGUACCGCACCCAAUGUACCAAUGUUUGAUGCCAUUACGAUGCUUACUGCUGGCGGAAAGUGAUCCCGCGAAAUGGGAGCUGCUGCAGCAGCUGGAAUCACACGAGGAGGAACGUCGCGGUUCCGAGCUAUGGCGUAACGAUCGUGAAGGAGUGGCCAAACUAAUACCACGAUUCUUCAAGACCGGGGACCGCUGGGACGAGGAUGAGAUUCUACGGAUCGUCGGCAUCAUACAGGUGAAUGGACACGAGAUACCGCUUAGCGUGCCAUCGUCGGUCGCCAUCUACAACCAGGCCUCGAUGCUGGAGCACUCCUGCAGACCGAACCUCUCGAAAAGCUUUACCAAUCGUGGUGAGAUCGUGCUGUGGGCACCGAAUACGAUCAAACGGGGCGAACGGCUCAGCAUCUGCUACACGGAUGCAAUGUGGGCUACGGGCAACCGGUUGGAGCAUCUGCUGCAAACCAAGAUGUUCCGGUGCGAGUGUGAACGGUGCUCGGAUCCGACCGAAUACGAAACCUACUUCAGUGCGUUGCGCUGCUCCGGCUUUCAGAAGGAUUCCAAGUGUAAGGGAUACAUUCUGCCGGUGGACAGCGACAACUGGACCACCGGGGAUUGGAGCUGUCAGAAGUGUCGUGGUGUGGUGACGGGUGCCGCGGUCGGUCAGAUUCUCGAGCGUGCCCGGAUGGAUCUGGAAGCGAUGCAGAAACAUCGGGAGGAUCAUUGUAACAAGUACAUGAAGCACUACUCGAAGUGGUUAACGCCGAACCAUCAGUAUCUGGUCGAUGUGAAGAUAUCGCUGUCGCAGGUGAUCGGUGGUAAAGCGCCGGAAGCGAUCAAGAAGAUCCCGUACGAGAAGCUGAUGAGCAAGAUCAAGAUCUGUCAGGAUCUGUUGACACUGUUCGAGAAGAUCUGUCCAGCCGAGGCUAGGGCCUUUGGUGCGACGCGGUUCGAGUUGCACGCGGCCCUGGCCGAGCUGGCACGCCGCAGCACGGAAUCCAAUAAUCCCGCGUGUACGUCACAGCUCGAGGAGUCGCUGUACAAUGCGAACGAGUGUGUCCGGAUGCUGCUGCACGAACCGGCCGUACUGAUGGAGAGCAAAAUAUGCGCCCAGGCAAAGAUGAACGCCGAAGCGCUAAAGUCACUUCUAGGAAUCAAAGAGUAA